UUGUACCCAUUAAGGGCAUCUAUUGCAUCAUAAUUUUUUUUGUUUGUUUUUUACAUUGAAAAAUUUGUGGCUUGAACCAUGGUUUGGUGUUGUGGUUAAUGGGUAUCUGUCAAUCAUGAGAAAAUUCAUAAACAAAUGAUUGAGAAAAGAUAUUUUCUUUGCAGACCUGGAUAAAUCUUUCUAUUUUUUCAGAAAUAUUCUUGAGAUCUGUCGUUGAUUGUUGUUGAUAGUUGGGAUUGCUAUAUUUUUAUUGUGGCCAUUGCCAGUGCCCAUGAGCAUAAAUUCUCUCUAUGUUGCAGUUCUCAGAGCCUCCCCUCUCUCCUAGCUGGGUGGCCCUGGGAUGGAUGAUUGUGCUCUUCUUCACUGCUUGGAUUCUCUCCGCUCUUAAAAAGAUUUCCUGCCUUUUUUUGUCCUUGUCUUUUUUACCCUCUCCUUUUGAUGGAUGCUUCUCCUUUUUGAGCUUCUACGUGGUUUCAGGCUCCAAUAUAAAGCUUGUCAGCUCUUCUUCCCCCAUUCACAAACCAUAGUAGGGGCGUUUCGUUGCAUCACCAAAAUGAGCUACCAACAACAUUCUUCUACGGGCUCUGGUAGUAGAACUGCUAGAAGAACAUUUGAGUUUGGGAGGACUUACGUGGUGAGGCCUAAAGGAAAACAUCAAGCCACUGUAGUCUGGUUACAUGGUCUUGGUGAUAAUGGUUCAAGUUGGUCCCAGCUCCUGGAAAACCUUCCUCUUCCAAAUAUUAAAUGGAUUUGUCCAACUGCUCCAACACGUUCUGUGUCACUUCUGGGUGGAUUUUCUUGCACUGCAUGGUUUGAUGUGGGUGAGAUUUCAGAAAAUAGUCCAGAUGAUUUGGAGGGUUUAGAUGCCUCAGCAGCACAUAUUGCAAAUUUACUAUCAACAGAGCCCACUGAUGUUAAAGUUGGAAUUGGAGGCUUCAGCAUGGGUGCUGCAACAGCACUCUACUCUGCAACUUGUGCUGCAACCGGACGAUACAGUAAUGGCAAUUUGUAUCCUAUCAAACUCAGAGCAGUUGUCGGACUAAGUGGCUGGCUCCCAGGUUCAAGGGGCUUAAGGAACAAAAUAGAAGGAUCGCAUGAGGCUGCAAGGCGUGCUGCAUCCUUGCCCAUUUUGGUUUGUCAUGGAACAAAUGAUGAUGUAGUCUCCUAUAACUAUGGUGAACAAUCUGCAAACCUCUUGCAUUCUGCUGGCUUUCAACUUAUCACGUUCAAAAAAUAUGACGGACUUGGGCAUUACACAGUUCCUACAGAAAUGAAUGAGGUUCACAGUUGGCUCAAAGCAAAACUGAACGUUGAGUGAUCAUGCUGAUAGUUGGAGCACAGGAGCAACUUCUAGACAAAGCUAGUGAUGAGGAAGAGCAGCAGAGAGCAAUAAGAGGAGGGAAAGAAACGGAUUUGUAUUAAGUAGGUAGUAAAUAGAGUGGAUAUAUGGUAUAGAUAAUCAACUACUAAUUCCUCUUUUGUCUUCUUUCCUGUCCUGAAAAAUAAAGCUUUGAAUGUUUUAGAUUUUUUUUUUCA